GGUUAGGCCCUCAGCUUCCCCCAGGCUCGGUAUGCAAGGAUAAUACCUGGCCAGGGCAGCACGCACAUGCGCAAAGGGUAGUAACCACACCGAUCAAAACAAGACCCGACGCGUUCCUAAAUCAGUCAGAAAACAACAAAUAUCAGUGAAUACUGGAGAAACUGUGCUCGAUUUGAUAAAUAAGAUUCUUUCCACAAACAGACGCGUGCGGAUUCGAUCUGAGUCUAAACAAAACAGUGCUUCUGCUAUGUAAACAUGAAUGAACAUAAAAUCUUGGUUUUUAUCGCGUUUUUGAUACUGUAUUGUUUGUACUGCCUCAACAGUUGGUUCACGUCUGAGAAUGUUAUAGAAGAACAUGCUCCAGAACCGCUACCUGAUUUGGCACAAGAAAUCCCUGAAAUUUUAGUCCCAGACACAUCAGUCACCAAGGAAGAUGUGAAAAUAAAAAUCAAAACAAAGAUAAUCCCACUAUUUUUCUACAAUGCCUGCAGCAUUUUAGAAGUGUUUACCGAAAAACCAGCUCUGAUCAAGAAAAACAAAACAAGAUCGAAAGAUUUAGACAACAGCAGUAACGCUAUAGCUGUCAUUGGCAUAACAGUAUUCUUAGUGGCUCUAGGUGUCAACGCAGUUCUAGACGCACUGAAAGCUAAAGAAGAAGAACGUGAGCGGAGAAAACUGAAUCCUGAUGGAGAAAGAAGGCAAUCAUUGGCAGAGUUUGCAAACAAAAAGCAGUUGCGUCGAGAAUCGAGCCGAUUCGGUAUUCAAUUGUUUCAAAUAGCAGAAUCAGUGGUUAGUGGGGAGGAAAAGAAUAGACGCCAGAGUCGUCCAUAUACCCGUGGAGACUCCACUAACUCCUACUUGUCUGAUAGAAAGGCUCAGACAGACGGUUCAACGCCUACAGAGACAGCGGAACCCAGGCUUGUGAAGCGGCAAUCGGUUGCUAAGCUCUUUGCAGGUCGCCCAGUACCGAUGGUGCGGCGCUCUUCCUUCCCCGCCCUGCCGCUCAACCCCGACGUGCAAGCGCUGAUGCUGGGCCACCGGCAGCCAUCUUGCGACAGCGACGACGAAGACGGGAAGGGGCGACGUGUGAGGAUCAUACGAAGAUACUGAAUCUC